AAGCGGGUGCUGUUCGUACGAGACUGGGACACAAUUGGAAGCAUGGCAGGCGAGGCGAAGACUGCAAAGAAGAAGCAAGUGAAGAAGACCAAGCAGCCAGUGCGGCUCUACGCAAAGGGUCUGAUUCUGGGAUACAAGCGCAGCAAGUCCAACUGCUAUGCCAACUGCACUUUGUUGAAGAUCGACGGCGUGCGCACCAAGGACGACACCCAGUUCUACCUGGGCAAGAGGGUGGCCUACGUGUACAAGGCGAAGAAGGAGGUCAACAACAGCAAGUUCCGCGUCAUGUGGGGCAAGGUGCGGCGCGCUCACGGGAACUCGGGGGUGGUCCGGGCCAAGUUCGCCAAGAACAUCCCGCCCAAGGCUUUUGGCGCGCCCUGCCGUGUCAUGCUCUACCCCAGCAGCAUCUGAGCAGAAGGAGGAUCGAACAGCCCAAAAAGGUCCGCGUGUGUUCGGCGCGUGGCGCUUAGUCC